CUGGUCUUCUCCGAAGCGGACCCUCGGGAGAAACGCCGAACAGGCGCAUCUCUGUCUUCGUCUCCUGCGGCGAGCUGCAAUUACGCUGGCGGCGGAGGCGCCAGGAGAGGAAGAUGAUCUGGGGGCAGUAGGUCUGCCAUGAAGAGAAGAGAGGGGAGCAGAAAGCAAGAACAAGCCUGGUGCUGCCGCUUCGACACACGUCACAGAUGGUAUCUCUUACAGAAGUCCCUACGCCGGUCACUCCCGAGGCAAUUUUCUACUUCAUCCCCAAUCUCAUUGGAUAUGGACGGGUGAUAACCUUGAUUCUGUCGUUUUUCACGAUGGCCCACCACCCUCUCAUCACAAUGGGCUUUCUUUACAGUGCGUCGUGCUUGCUUGACGCCUUCGACGGGUACUACGCCAGGAAGUUCAACCAGUCGACGCAAUUCGGCGCCGUGUUGGACAUGGUGACGGACAGAUGCUCCACCUGUUCGUUGAUUGUCUUUUUGGGCGUCUUGUACCCGGACUACUUCAUUGCGUGGCAGGCGUUGAUCUCCUUGGACCUUGCCUCCCACUACGUCCACAUGUACGCCCAGAUCGUGAGCGGCUCGACCAGCCACAAGAAGAUGAGAGAGGGCGCCAAUUGGUUGUUGAAGCUCUACUACGAGAACCGGGUCUUUUUGUUCCUCGUGUGUGCCCUCAACGAGACAUUCUACAUUGCGCUCUACCUGCACCACUUUGACUUCCUGUACGUUCCUGGAACAAGCGUCAGUUUGGCGUACUGGCUCACGCUGCUCUGUUCGCCCGUCUGGUUCUUCAAGCAGAUCUGCAACGUCAUCCAGCUGGUGAACGCGUGCCAGAUGCUCGCACAGCUCGAUGCGCAGAACAUGAAUGCUGCAAGAAAGGCCAACUGAAAGCCCUAAGGCCUUGCUGCUUCCGCCUUCCCUUUCAUUUUCCCUACCAUUCCUAGUCUUCAGUCCUGAAAAACACGUACACGCCGCAAACGCUGUGUACCAUCAUCCUUCUCGUAUGGUCCUGUAUGGAAGAAAACAUCUAUAUAGAUAUCAGUAUCUACGUACCUGUCUAUGUAUGUAUAUCAGAGUAUAACACAUGAAUAAAUCCUUCAUUUCAAUCCAUUUGGUGCAACA